AUGUCGUUAGAAGUAGAAAAUGAUCUAAUACGUGUAAGUAAUCAAUUGUGUGAUUUUUCUGCAGACGGAAGAUUCUUGGCGAUUGCGUAUCAAACGAAUUUAAUUAUAAAAAAUAGCAAAACGUUCGAUACCAUUCAUUCGUUUAUAUUUGCAGACAUAAUUGAGGUUUUAGAGUGGUCUAGAAACAGUGAAUACAUCCUUUGUGCAAACAUAAGUAAAGCUGUUAUUCAAAUAUAUUCCAUUAAUUACCCUGAAUGGAAAUAUAAACUUAUAGAAGGCAGUGCUGGUUUAGAAAGUGUAAAUUGGUCUCCUGAUAGUAAACACAUUUUAACAUUGUCAGAUUUUAAUAUUCAGGCAUCUAUAUGGUCUUUGGAAAAUCAGAGUGUAACUCAUAUACAAAACGUGAAGUCAUCUUUUCAUAAAUUACAUUAUAGUCCAAAUGGCAGUAGAUUGGCUAUAGUGGUUUCAAUCGAAGGUCAAGACAGUAUAGAAAUUUAUAAAACAGAUACUUGGAAAUUAAGUAGAAAAUUAAUAUGUGGACAUUUAAACAGUAUCGAUGGGAUAUGUUGGUCGCCAAAUAGCGAACUAUUAUGUAUCUGGUGUUCUUUUGGGAAUGAGACAAAAUUAAUUACUUAUUCAAGUGUAUUGGACAGAGAUAUAGGAAUUUUCUGUCCCACAAAAAUUACAGAUUCGUUUGAAACAGAACAUAGUUAUCAGAAUCAAUUGAAUGGUAUUGAAACUGUAACAUGGAUGCCUAGUGGACAGUUAUUGGCUGUAACUGGAUUCAAUGAAGUGAUCACAUUAUUAAAUUACGUGACAUGGAAACCACUUUUGCAAUUGUAUCUUGACCCAGUAAUUAAAGAAAAUUAUCUGAAUAAAGUAUACGAGGAACGUGUAAUUCAAACAAAGUUUUCUAAUACGAAUACAAGUUUAUACAACAAACAUAUUUUGGAAGAAAAACAUGAACGUCCAGUAAAUGUAAGGAUCAGUAAGAGAAACGACAUUGACAAAUUGUCAAUUGCCAAAUUCAGUAUUUUGGAAUUUAGUUCAUGCGGACAUUAUUUAGCCAUAAAGCAUGAACUUUAUCCUACAACAUUAUGGAUAUGGAACAUUAUUGAAGAUUAUCUCGAUUAUUUACUUCUAGAAAAUAGUAUUGCAGCUGUAAAGUGGAAUCCUAGGAGUGCUCAUCUGUUAAUAUUUUGUAAAUGCACACACAUGUUUGAAUGGACACCAUAUAGUGCAACCUGCAUACCAACUCCCCGGAAUAUUAUAGCAUUGGAUGCCCGAUGGCACCCUCAAGGAAAUCUUGUGCUACUUUGUGGUUAUAAUAAGGCAAUUAUUUAUGAAAUUAAA